UGAGAGCUGUAUAAUGUGAACUUGACCACUGUGAACUAUGUAAUAUUAUGCAACUCGCAACACUGGCAUCUAUUUGUCAAAUAGAUAAAUACAAUUCGUGCUGUAAAUGUUUUAAAAACUCUUUAUUUUUAUCAAAAACUAAUAUAUUUUACCGAAAAGAUGUUGAAAUUCAGCUGUUCAAGUAUUUGGAGGUUAGGUACCAGAGCGCACGUAAGAAAGUAUACCACUCCUGGGACGCAGAUGUAUAAAACCAAUAAAGGAGAAACUAAAAACUUUGCAGAUAAUAACUCUAAAGCAGAAAGCACCGAAAAUUCAGGUUUAGUACGAGCAGCAUUUGCAUCAUUAAAUACAAUAGACACGGAGGAGCGACCGAAAAAGCCAAGCCCCAAAUCAGUCAAGCAAAGCCGCCAGAUGAUAAUAGAGGGUCAGAUUGCGAAUGCGUCAGAUGUGAACAGUCUGCUGGUUAUAGCUGAGAAUCCUGUAGUGUCACGGAGGCACGCUUUAAAGAUGGUCUCAAUGCUAUCAGAAUGGUCUAGCGUCAACAAAGUGAAGUUAACAGACUUUGAGAAGGACCCUCGGUUCCUCAAGUUGUGUCGGAUCUUGGCGAGGACCUCGACGGCGCAGGCUGUCAGCUCCCUCACCAUGGCCGAAGACCUGAGCACGGUGUUAGGCAUCACUGGGGAUGAUGAGGCUGCUCGGUUGAUCGCCAAUCUGACUUUACCUCAGAUGGUUAAGGUAAUGAAAGCUCUGCAGCAGAAGGGUCGCCGCAGCACGCCGCUGCUGCACGCGCUAUCACACAACAUUAACAAACAGGUGGAAGUCAUUGACCUCAAGAAAUCAGCUGAUAUACUGUUCUCUAUGGCUUCAUUGAACUUUCCAGAUCCAGUGCUGUUGGAUAGGAUAUGCAAUGACGUCAUGACCUGUCUGCCAUCGAACAAAGAGCGUCCAGCAGUGGUGACCUCCGUGAUGGUCUCACUCGGGCUGAUGAAGUACCGGCACGAGGCCGCGCUGGGGGCCAUCACGGAUUGGUUACAGAGCAACCUGACUAUAUGCAGACCGAGUGAUAUCGCCUCCGCCGUGGUAACUCUGGCAACCGUGGACUAUGUGCCGCCUCAGAGUGACGCUCUGUUUGAGGCAGCCCUGGCGCUCAAAGAGGAAGAGAUGGUGAAGCCUUCAAUGUGGCUAGACCUGGUGUUCUCUCUUCUAACUCUGGACAAGGCCGAGCAGCAUCACCUGGUUUCCACGCUGCGCCCGGAGUUCAUUGAGAAGUUGUUGUCAGCUGGAGAGAUCCCGAUCCCGUCCCGCCGCAAGCUCAUGUCGAUCGACGCGUGCCUGCAGCUGCGCGCGGCGGGCGGGGCGGGGGCGGAGGCGCGGCUGGCGCCCGACGUGGCGGUGGGCGUGCCGCUGCUCCACACCAAGGAGAAGGCGUUGUACGUGCACGCGAUCAUGGACACCUUCAAAAGCUUGGUCUCUGCCGAGGCGUUUUUGAAGAAGAAUUGCGAUUCCGGCAUGGGGUUUUUGUAUGACGCCGAGUUCGCCGUUGACGCCAAAUGCCAUCCGGUGCCAUUAGAGAAAGCUGCUAAUGAUGACAGAAUAUUCCGGAUAGCAGUGCUGGGGUUGGACUACCACGACAUGACGCGGAAGACCGCGGUACCGCUCGGCAUCAACCAGUUCUACACCAGGCUAUUGCAGCUUAAGGGCUACAAAGUACUACAGAUUCCGUACACAGAAUUCAACCCUAAAGACAAGCUAGUGACGCGCGUGCAGUACAUCGAGAAGAAACUCAAAGAUCUCGUCAACAGCGCGUAGUCAUCCGUUUUGUACAUAAUGUGUAUAGUUGUAUAAAUUACGUAUUCCUUCUUACGUAGAUAAUCAGGGGUAUUUAAUGUGCAGAAUUAUCGAUACUUUUGUAUUUUAUCGAUAAAAUUGACGACAAUUUGUAAUGCUAAUGGAUGAUAUGUUAAUAUGGUGUAUAAAAUCAUUCUAUGUAUUUUAUAAAUGCAAAUUUAUCGAUAAUUUUGUAUAUUAUUCUAUAGAUAAAGUGUUAUACCGUGUAACAUGUUAGGCUUUCUGUGGUGUAUUUAUGUUGAACGAAAUUGUCGAUAAUUUCAAACUCGAAAUGGAUCCUUAUGCUUACUGUCCACGGAGGCGUAGCUUCAUAAACGCUUUAAAAUAUGCCGUGCAGCUUCUACAGACCAGCCUAUUGAAGUGUGUCCACGAAGCGUAUCAUGCGUACGUUUAAAUCAUUUGUGACAAUGCCUUUGAAUGACGAUGGUGUUAUUUUGGCGUAUCUAUAUGUAGAACGAAACAUAAACUGUAGAUUGUUUUAUAGAAAGAGUAAGACUACAGAAUUUAUUGCAAAGUAUAUCACCACUAUUACAAAAACGAAACAUCAAUAUGAGAGAAUGUGUUAGCCCAUAUGGAAGGAUUUAAAAAAUAAAUAAAAAAUGCACACGUGGGCUCACUUGAUGUAUGCGAUGAGGCACUCGGCAUGCGUCAUGAAGUUUGAUCUUCGCGACGCGGGCGUCUGUAUCGCGUUAUCGACAAUUUCAUAGUUUUUUUAUGUAAGCUGCAAGUAGACGUACAUUAAUCGUAUAAUGACGAACAUGCGUCCGUGGUCAGUAGGCCUGAUACAACUAGGAGACUCGUAGUUCCUGGUAGUAGGAUAUAUUUUGUAUCCGCCCGGAUAGCGACCACCGUACACAAGGUGUUAAAACCUGCCAUAAUGACCCACGUAAGUUUUUUGUGUUCCGGGAUCAGCCUGUGUAUAUCUGGUUCCAUAGGUCGGCAUAAUUAUGUCGAUGCCGAGGGAUAAUCAUCUCUCGUCAGUCGAUAUUCUAUUGGACCCCAUUCCACUUACCAUCAGGUGCAGUUGAAUGAACCAGCCGAGACUGUACAAAAAAAAAAAAUUAUGGUAAGUGACGCCUGUCCGAAAAAAUAGCAACGUCAUCCAUUUUUAAAUACACGGUGCUAUGUUAUUGUACUGUGUUCGGGGCAAGAUAGAUAAAAUUAUCAAAAUGCUAAGUAAAAUCACUUGCUAUCAAUAUUUAUAAUGUAUUUAUGUAGUUCCAUUAGUAUUUUGUUUCGAUUCACGAGUAUGUUCGAAUGAUUGUCGAUGAUUUUAUAUGUACAAAUUGUUAUUUUUACAUUGAAAUGGUUUACUCAGUUGGUCAGAAAUAUUAUAAUUUAUUUCUUGCAAUCAUGUCGGUCGGAGUGGUGUCGCAUGUUCACAUAUUUUUGCAUACUUACUUAUUGCGAGAUGGAGAGUGACAAACAUGAUAUAUUAAAUAAUAAAAUCUUUUUAUCAGAAAUCAGACUACCACGUCCAUGUCAUAAUAUCAAUUCCCAAACCCUAUUUCGCAAACCCAUGUCGGCUGAAGCUGAUCGGAGCAAAAUUUGCAUUUUAAGCAGUAGGGUAAUUUCCUGUGCUUGAGUUAGUUUAUUAUUUUAUAAUUGUAACAAAAUAAUAUGAAAAAUAAAUUCUUCUCUGAAAUCAGAAUCAUAAUUGGUUGAAAAAUAAAGCAGUUGUUCAUAUUUGAAAUAUUGUUGUGAGCAAAAGUGGACGCGUGGUAGGGAUAUCGCGCUGUCCUUCUCUCACUCACGCAGCGUUAUGGCUGGUGGUACUAGGUGACGUCACAUUUCACUACCAUGUCAUUUGACAGCUUCCCUUUCCACCAAAUUUCAAAGCUUUAUAACUUUUUUAUUAUUGCGUGGAUUUUGAUUUUUUUUCAGAUUAAUUUUGAAUGAAAAAAGUCCUCAACUAUCCUAUACUAUUGGUCAAAUUUGCACAGCUCUGCUCCUCUCUUAUCUUCUCCGCGUGGACAUGCACCCGUAUAAAAUACCGCUAGGAUGUAUGUGAUAACUUUGUUUUUGUUAAAUUGUUAGCAUAACUGCGCGAGUGUGAGAGCGUGUAAAGUUAAUUUAAUUUAAAUAAAUAAUUAUACAA